GAGACGCGGAAGUAYAAAGCUCCAGCGGCCGCGGGAGCGUGCAGACGGGACAUGUUGUCCUGGGAGCUGGCGCGCACGCGCCUCGCGCUCCCGCUAUUGCUGCUGCUGCUUCUGCCACCCCCACCGGGCCCGGCCAGCUGCGCGGCACCCUACGACCCCACCUGGGAGUCGCUGGACGCCCGCCCACUGCCCGYCUGGUUCGACCAGGCCAAGUUCGGCAUCUUCAUCCACUGGGGCGUGUUUUCCGUGCCCAGCUUCGGUAGCGAAUGGUUCUGGUGGUAUUGGCAAAAGGAAAAGAGACCAAAGUUUGUGAAAUUUAUGAAAGAUAAUUACCCUCCUGAUUUUAAAUAUGAAGAUUUUGCACCACUAUUUACAGCAAAAUUCUUUAAUGCAAAUCAGUGGGCAGAUAUUCUUCAGGCCUCUGGUGCCAAAUACGUUGUYUUGACUUCCAAACAUCAUGAAGGCUUUACUUUGUGGGGUUCAGAGUAUUCCUGGAACUGGAAUGCCAUGGAUGAGGGACCGAAGAGAGACAUUGUCAAGGAACUGGAAGUGGCCAUCAGGAACAAAACUGACUUGCAUUUUGGACUGUACUAUUCCCUUUUUGAAUGGUUUCAUCCACUCUUCCUUGAAGAUGAAUCCAGUUCCUUCCGUAAGCAAAAAUUUCCAAUUUCUAAGAUGUUGCCUGAGCUCUAUGAGUUGGUGAAAAAGUACCAGCCUGAGGUUCUGUGGUCAGAUGGAGAUGGAGGGGCACCAGAUAACUACUGGAACAGCACAAACUUCUUAGCCUGGCUGUACAAUGAAAGCCCAGUUCGGGACACAGUAGUCACCAAUGAUCGCUGGGGAGCUGGUUGCAUCUGUAAGCACGGUGGCUACUAUACCUGCAGUGAUCGAUAUAACCCAGGACACCUUUUGCCGCAUAAGUGGGAAAACUGUAUGACAAUAGACAAGUUUUCCUGGGGCUAUAGGAGGAAUGCUGACAUUGGUGACUAUUUUACAAUUGAAGAGUUGGUAAAGCAACUUGUGCAAACAGUUGCAUGUGGAGGAAAUCUUUUGAUGAAUAUUGGACCCACACUAGAUGGCACCAUUUCUGCAAUUUUUGAGGAGCGAUUAAGGCAAAUGGGGACCUGGCUAAAAGUCAAUGGGGAAGCCAUUUAUGAAACCCACCCGUGGCGAUCACAGAAUGACAGUGUCACCCCAGAUGUGUGGUAUACAUCUAAACCUAAGGAAAAAUUAGUCUAUGCCAUCUUCCUUAAGUGGCCUGCCUCAGGACACCUGUUUCUUGGCCAACCCAGAGGUAUUCUGGGGGAAACAGAGGUAAAACUACUGGGACACGGAAAGCAGCUUAACUGGAUUUCUUCAAAGCCAGAUGGCAUCAUGGUAGAACUGCCACAGCUAAGCUUUCCUCAGAUGCCCUGCAAUUGGGGCUGGGCUCUUGCUCUAACUAACGUGACCUAACGUGCAGCAGAGAGACCCAUGCUGCAGUUAGCUCUAACACUAGGAAAUGAUAGGUGUCUGUGAUUAUACUAUGUGGAGAAAGCAAAUAUAAAAUUUUAUCCCAUCUGACUCAAAUGUAUGAUAUGUCAAGGUCAUGGUACUGUCAUGUGUAACUAAUUAAAACAAAUCAAAAAAUCAAGUAAUUAGAAAACACAGCUCUCUGUUCCCUUUUCUCCCUGUUGCCUAAAUUACACAUGGUAUCAUUUUAACUUUCACUGCACUUUACCAUUUAAGUUUUUCCUCUUCACAUUGAAUUCAUUUCCAUGUGUGUCAGAGGUAGAAUUAUUUUUUGUUUUUAGUUUUGCUUGGGAACUAGUGGUGCUAUGGAUUAAAUUGUGUGUGUCCCCCCCACCCCAUCAUUCUUAUGUUGAAGGUUCUAACCCMCGAUGUGACUAUAUUUGGAAAUAGAGAUUUAUAAAGAGAUAAUUAAGAUUAAAUGAGGUCAUAAGGGCAGGGCCCUAAUUCAAUAGGACUGGUGUCUUAUAAGGGAAAGAGGUACCAGAGAUGCAAGAGCACAGAAGAAAGCUAUGUAAAAACAUAGCAAGAAGGUCACCAUCUGCAAGGCCAGACAGAAGCAUCAAACCAACCAAAUCUGCCAAUAUCCUGAUGUUGAACUUCCAGCCACCAGAACUGAGAAAAUAAAUUUCUGUUGUUUGAGCCAUCUAGGCAAGUGUGUGUGUGUGUGUGUGUGUGUGUGUGUGUGUGUGUGUGUCUUGUUUUGUUAUGGCAACCCUAGCAUACAAUAAUACAGGUAUUUAAUAAAUUUGGCCCAAUGUGUAUUUCCAAUAUAUCCAGUAAUAAUCUUUUCCCUCUUAGUUAUAAAACUGAUACAUGUUUAUUAUAGAUAUUUUAAAACAAAUUCUCCAAGAUGAAAUUGCUACUCAGAUUGGCACUACUAAUAUUUUAGAACAUAGUCUUCCAAUUUUUUUCCCCUGCAGAAAGAGAGGUUAGAAAGAGGUAUGAGAUUUGAGGUAUGGGCCUAUUUUUGAAGAUGGGUUAAUCUGAAGGCCAACUUAAAUUCAUAAAUUUGUUUACUGUAUUUACCUUCAAGCAAAUUGAAGUUGAAAACCCAUUUGAAAAUUAGGAAAUCUAUUCAGAUCUUCUCUUAGAAGGAGACAAAAAUAAUUAUGAUUUUUCAAAUGUAAGUUUAAUGAAAAUUGAUUAAGGAGCUCAUUCCCCUCAACAAAAGAUGUUUUAUAUGGCCCUAUCUUUAUUUGAAAUGCUAUAGAUUCCACUUUGCUACAAUCAAAUGUAGAAAUGUGUUUCAAAAAAGUCCUUCAAAUAGUGAGAUUAAACAUUAUUUUUAUUUCCUAAAAUCAUGCCAAGGUUGAAAACUUUAUUUUUAAAAUUACUCAUUGUUGAGGUUCUUGAAACUAACCAUUAUUUUUUCUUAUUGAGACAGGGUCUCACUAUAUUGCCCAGGCUGACCUCAAACUUCAGGGCUCAAGUGACAUUCUUGCCUCUACCUCUCAAGUAGCUGGGAUUCAGCUGCAAUUAUUAAAUAUUUGAAGCUAUGCYGAAGAAUUUAUGUGGAUAAAUAUUUUAGUAGUUCCUAAAUCCCAAUUAACCUUUUAUUAGAGAUCCACUCUAUGUAGAUUUUCAUGAUUCCAAACAUUAUAUGAAGAAAAACAAUACAAAAAAAGAAAAAGAAACCAACAAAUAAAAUAAUACAUAAAGGAAAAUGACAAAACAAAAUCCAACCAAAUGGUACUAACAGUAAUCUAAAGGCAAAAGUACRGUUAGCUGUUUGAAGAAAUUAUUCUUGAGCCCAAAAUUUCUGAAUUGCUUAAAUUCCUACCUUGCUUUUAUGGUUUAAAUGUGGUGUCUCCCAAAACCUAACUCGAGAGAGAGACAAUACAAGAAGGACUGGAGGAGAAAUGAUUGGGUCAUAUCCUCAACCUAAUCAGCAAAUUAAUCCAUGAUGGGAUUACUGGUAACUAGAAGCAGGUGGGGUGUGACUAGAGGUGGGAAUUGGGGGUGUGUUUUUGUAUCUG